AUGAAAGAUGAUAUCGUGAAAAAGAUGUGGGGCGUGUUUGAUGAAACCGGUAAAUUUUUGGCUCUUUGCCGCCAUAGAAUGUUACUUGUUGUUGUGGAUAUGGUGCAGAGUGGAGAAUUGGCCAAAUAUCCUCUGGCUGUUGUUGUGAAACUGCUGGAUGUCUUCGGUGAAGGUCUUGCAGGCGGGUUUGACAUCAACUGCAAAUUUAAAACCACUCUUCGGAACAGCCCUCUUGGUUCACGGGCUCACACACUCAAUCACACAUGUUUGGUGGGGGCAUUCCAUGGGCACGCUGUCGAUGAUGAGAACUGUUGUUAG